ACACACACACACACAGAGAGACCGCACUCUCUCGUUACAAUGCAUCCAGCUCGACCCGGACCAGCAGCAGCAGCAGCAGCAGCAGCAGAUAUGUAAAGCUGGAUCAGAAAACAAUGUACUUCUGCUGCUGUCAUCACCAUCAUCACCGCCAUCAUCAUGUUCCCGGGAGUUUUCUAUGCACUGCUGGCGGGUUUCCUCGGGGCUGUGGCGUCGUCGUCGGCCAAGCUCUCCCUCGGAGCGGACUACCUGAAGGGAGUGUGUGAAACCGGACUCCGGACGUGGGGAGAGCAGCGGAAAUUCAGACAAGCGGACGAGACUACCACCUGUGACCGGCUCCACAUCCCUCUGAGGCUGCUGUGUGGUGGACUCCUUUUCACCUGCAACGCUGUGAUGUGGACCUUCCUCGCCAAAGCACUCAGGUACUCUUCUUCCUCCACCAGAACCACUGUGACCACCACCGCCUCCAACUUCAUAUCCUCCGCUUUUCUGGGCCAGUUAAUCUUUGGUGAAGCCCAGAUAACGUUGUGGUGGGUCGGGAUCUCUCUGACCUUCUCCGGUCUGUUGGUCCUGCAGAGAGUUGCGCCGCAGGAUGGACACCAGAGUGAAGUCAACACAAAGGACGAAUAAUAUGUCUUGUCUCCACUAGUGCAGUUCGUUGUGUCUCCUGCUAGUUGUGUUUUUUCUGUGUUAAGCUCUGAAUUGAAGAGAAACCUUAACAACAGCAGUUAAGUGCAUUUAGGUCUUAAGUAAAAACUGUUGAACAGGAUCAAUUUAUUGACUUCUGAUAGGCUUUUUUCAAUUUCUUUUUUAAUUUAUUGAACUAAAUGCCAAUCAAACUGUGUCCUUAUUUUGAGUUAGUUACCAUUUAUGCUUCAGUUUUUAACCACAUAGGCUGUGAAGUGACGCUGGCUGCUGUGAUAAAAUCAGAGGAGACGCUGCUCUGGCUGGUGGAGACACGAUGAAGGAUUCCUGUGUCCACUGUCUUUGUCUCUUUACACAGGCUUUACAACCAAGCAAAAAUAAUACUGACUUUACUAUUCACUCAACAACAGCACAACAACUCAUGGGCUAACACAGUGGAGGAGGACGACGCUCGGGAGGAAACUGAAAGGUCAAUUCAACACUUUGGGAAAUAUGCUCUUUAGCUUUCUCACUGAGUUACAUGAUGAGAUUAAUGACAUUUUCGUGUUUGAAACUAGUUAUUAAUACCCAGGAAACCCUGAGAAAAGGUUGAAUUACGUUGUACAUCACAUGAGAACUUAAACGCUACGUCCAACAAUCAUCCGACAUUUAGUUUCCUUAUAAAUUAACUGUGUAUAAAACGAGAUAAAACUGUGAAAUAUCCCAUAUGUGUGAUUGUUACAAUGAAAAAGAAUAAAAUCUAUAAUGUACCAUAGGAAAGUAAUUAAAAAGAAAUCGUGAAUCCAUCUUUUUCCCCUUUAAUUUGGAUGCAAAGUCAAAUUCAUACAUUUUUAGUAAGUAAAACUUAACUUGUUGGUAAAGAUAAUAGAAAAUAGUACAAUCAGACAAAAAUCGAAUCUUUUUUCCCUGUAAUCAUCUCUCAUCUAUAAUAUUAUACUGUAUUGUAUGUAGCGUAUAGUGACUGGCACUGAUCUUGUCAUCUAACUCUCAUAUUUCAAGUUUCAACCUCUUCUUUGUAAAAGUGGAGAAAUAUAAUCUAAGGACCUGCGUGUGUUGUCGAGACUGAUUUGACUAGUUUUGGUUUUGCUCAUGACUUAUGGACAAAAAGCAUUAUUUACUCUGUGCAUGAUGUUGCCGUCCAUCAGCCUGUGCGUUGUGUACGUACAGUUAUAGCAGCUGUCGGAUCACCAAAGCUUUCCUAACUCACAUAUCCUACGAGACUCACUGUAAACACCCUACGCUUACAUUCCAUUAAUAAUCCCACUGAUGUAGCAGUGAAAGGCUCACCCCCGGCAUGGAUUUUUUUGCCCACUUUCUCUUUGCCUUUCUGAAAAGCUUGAACUUGAAACCUCCAGAAACGAGCAUGUGUUUUGAUUCAGAGGCAGCUGGUCUUCCAUUCCAUGACAGACGUGUGCAUGUCCCUGGACGCCGACAAAAUCACACCAAA